AUGGUUGGUCGUUCUACACCCCCAGUUCCCUGGUCGACACCCCGCCCCGAAACGCCGCUCUCGCCUGUCUUGCAAGACAAGUCGUCGAUACUGGUGGAAUACUACUUCAAGGAGGUUUGCGGCAUGAUGUCCUGCUACGACAGCAAGUUAAACCCCUACAGGACGACUAUUUCGAACCUCUGGGGCAGCUCGCCCUCCCUGUACUAUGUUACCCAGAGCAUGGCAGCAGCCUGUCUUUCCGAGGUGUCACCAGGCUUCGCCGCAGUGAGCGGUCGCCUUCGGGACCAAGCGGUCGGCUCUUUGUGGAAUGAGAGUCGGGUCGGCCCAACGGAAACAUCGUCUCUGUUGGCUUUGGUCAUGCUCGGUUUCAGUCUCUGCUGGCACGAUCCCAGUAGACUCGGCCAGUCCGAGUUCGAGCUUCUGGCCGAGACGGUUGCUCAUCUCGAAACGUCGAGCAACAGCUUGACACCGGUCGACAAGCAGAAGAGGCUCUUCUUCCAUAACUCUCUCGUCUAUUGGAAGAUGCUGCUGUCAUUCGUCACUGAUGAUGACUUGCCUUCCCUGAGCACCGCUUACGUCGUUCAACCACGGCCACCAUUUGAGACAAUCCAGAGGAGUUCAAGGAUGCCGCAUCCGCAGACAGGUAUUGGCGUUGAGAUCCAGGAACUCGUCGCUCAAGUUGGCUCUCUGGUCAGAAAGGAGCGCAGACGGAUUCGGAAACGCCACCAUUCAUCGAGACAUGACAUUGAGCAGUCCAUCAACGCUAUUCGAAGCGCGGAACAGCUCCAGGCCAGACUGUGCGAAAUAGAGCUCCCGAGGGAAGUAACAGUAAUCGACUCGGGCGAUGACAUGACAUCUACGGGCCAUCUCUUGAAGGCAGCCGAGGCAUACAGAUGUACUGGGCUACUUCAACUCUAUCGGAACUUUCCCGAUCUCGUCUUGCAUGGCACGUCGCCCGUAAAUCCCACGAGCCCUUCAACCUGGUUAGACACGACUGGAGACGCCGAUCUCAACUCACCUGAAGAUUCUCGAGUAGCCCUGGAUACAUGGCUAACCAGUCUCGCCCUCCACGUGCUCGAUCUUGUGGAGGAGAUUCCGAUUUCCUCACGGUCGAGGUCUAUCCAGCCACUUCUCCUCGUCAGCAUCUGCAGUGAACUCUCACUCAGUCGUACCUUUGCGUCGACGCCGUCCAGGAGAGAAUGCUCCGUGGUUAGCAUUCUCUCCAGUCCGAGGAUGAAGCAAUCACCGACAUUCACCGACGUCCUCCACGCGAGACGACUCAUAAUAUCAAGGUUGUCGUCAUUCGAGGGUAUUUUAGCUGCUAAGCCAAUACGACAAAUGCUGAAGCUCGUGAAGGAGACUUGGGCCUGUAUGGACGAUCAGCAAGCUGAUGUAUACUGGAUUGAUGUUAUGAUGGAAAAGGGAUAUGAAACGUUGAUGGGCUGA